AUGGGCAUCAUUGGCUCAGACAGCUCUCGCCUAAUCGGUUCCUCAUUCGGUGUCCCCCAAAACGCUACCUAUGACUACAUCGUCGUCGGGGGUGGAAAUGCCGGCUUAACAGUAGCCGCUCGUUUGGCCGAAGAUUCCUCAAUAUCCGUUGCCGUCAUCGAAGCAGGCACCUUCUAUGAAAUUGCCAACGGCAAUCUCAGCCAGAUCCCAGCCUAUGAUACAUACUGGAGCGGAAAGGAUCCUGACAACGACAGUCCGGUUGAUUGGGGGUUUGUCACGACACCGCAGAACGGCCUCCUUAACGCCAGUGUUCAUUAUGCCCGUGGAAAAGCCCUAGGUGGAUGCUCCGCCCGGAACUACAUGGCGUACCACAUGGGAACCAUUGAGUCCUACGAGAAAUGGGCGAAUCAGGUCGGUGAUUACAGCUACACCUACGAUGGCCUACUGCCCUACUUCCAGAAGAGUCUCAACUUUACACCGCCGGGACCGUCUAGGGCUACUAAUGCAACACCCAACUAUGAUGAGGCAUCGUUAGGACCGGGCGACGGGCCACUGUCUGUGACUUUCUCCAACUACGCCAAUGCUGUGUCCUCUUGGGUUGAAAAGGGUUUCGCAGCGAUUGGAAUUAAGCCGAUCCAGGGGUUUACCAGCGGUGCACUUAAUGGAUCUGCUUAUGUGCUGGAGACCAUCAAUGCGGCUGAUCAGACUCGCGAGUCUUCUGAGACUGCGUUUCUGCAGCCUGCGCUGGAGUCGACUUCGUUGAAGGUUUACCAAUCUACCUUGGCGAAGAAGGUGCUGUUUGAUUCUGAGAAGACUGCAAAUGGAGUGCUGGUUGAGUCGGACGGCGUGCACUAUGUUUUGUCCGCUAACAGAGAGGUCAUUGUCUCAGCUGGGGCUUUCCAGUCUCCUCAGCUGUUGAUGGUAUCUGGUGUGGGACCCAAGGCUAGUCUUGAGAAGCACAAUAUUCCCGUUGUGGCAGAUCGGCCUGGUGUAGGCCAGAACAUGUGGGAUCACGUCCUAAUGGGCCCAACCUACCGCGUCAACGCCAUAACUUCAUCCUCACUAGCAAACCCCGACGCCCUAAACGAAGCCAACGACCUCUUUAUCAACAAACAAGAAGGCAUCCUUACUAACUCCGGCGGCGACUUCCUUGCCUGGGAAAAAAUCCCCUCAUCCUACCGAUCCUCCUGGCCUAACAAUACCCUCUCCGCUCUAACCCAGUUCCCCAGCGACUGGCCUGAAGUCGAGUACCUCAGCAUGAGCGGGUUCUUGGGCUACCAGCAGAACUACCAGCGCGACGCCCCCACGGACGGAUAUAACUAUGCGACUGUGUCCACAGCGCUAGUCGCACCAUCGUCCCGAGGGACUAUCGAUAUCUCUUCGGCCGAUAUGGCUGACGCGCCGCUCAUUAAUCCUAACUGGCUCACCCAUCCUGCGGACCAGGAGAUUGUGGUGGCGGGGUACAAGCGCGUGCGGGAGAUGUUCAAUAGCACUGUCAUGGAGGAUGUCCUGAUCGGGCCAGAGUACUUCCCCGGGGAAGAUGUGCAGAGUGAUGCGGAGAUUCUGGAAGUUAUUCGCAAGACAGCGAGUACGGUGUAUCAUGCUGCGUGCACGUGUGCUAUGGGUAAGGAGGACGACAAAAAGGCUGUCAUUGACACCAAGGCGCGAGUAUACGGGGUCAAGGGACUGCGGGUAGUGGAUGCCUCGUCGUUCCCGAUCCUGCCUCCGGGGCAUCCGGUGGCUACUAUUUACGCCCUUGCUGAGAAGAUUGCCCAUGAUAUCCUGAGCUCGUAG